AUGGAUCCGAAAAUUAUUGGGUUAAUAUUCCUUAUAACUAUAUAUUUUUAUAUUAAUUCUGCGUUUGCGUAUUGGUAUCCUGGUUUCGUAAGGUUUCCAAAUAGCCAAUGCACAACAUUGGAAGGGUUUACAGGUGUAUGUAUUAGAAGCAGACAAUGUGCUGAUUCAGGUGGCGUAUCUUCAGGAACUUGUGCAAAUGGAAUUGGAAGAUGUUGCUUAUAUCAAGGAACUUGCGGUGGAUCAUCAUCAUACAAUAAUACGUAUUUUUUGAAUCCUGGUUAUCCAAAUACAGUUACAACAUCAAGUUUGUGUAGUUUUACCAUAGUGCCUUCUUCUUCAGCUAUUUGUCAAAUUAGACUAGAUUUCCUUUCUUUCUCGCUAUCUCAACCUAACGGAGAAGGAAUCUGUGCAUUUGAUUCUUUCGUAGUUACCGGAGCAGCUUCUGCUAUUCCUGUAAUAUGUGGAGAAAAUUCUGGUCAACACAUGUAUUUGAUGGUUGCCGGGACUGACCCCAUUCAACUAACCAUUACAAUGUCUGCAUUAGUCUCUCUAACACGAAAUUUCGCAAUUAAAGUGACUCAGAUUGCAUGUGAUUGUCCGACACAAGCCCCAGUCGGUUGUUUACAGUACUACACUGCUGCAUCUGCAACGGUUUCCAGUUUCAAUUUCGGUACUGGUCUAAAUGGCAACCGCAACAAUAUGGAAAUGGCAGGAACUAGACAAAUCGCCAAUACAAAUUAUGGAAUAUGUGUUGGUAUGUUACCUGGUUUUUGUUCGAUUCAAUGGGCCCAAACAGCUGUAAACGAAUCCUUCACACUCACACAAGACUCUGCUGCAGCUGCUCUAACUCCUGGACUUCCUAGCGGACCAUUAACUGACGUAUCCUGCACUACCGAUUAUGUUGUCAUCGCGAAUCCAUUUUUUACUGACGGCACUGCCGUACCAGGUUCAGACAGGUUUUGUGGAAACCAAUUUCGUACAAUUAUAAAUAUCACAUUCUUUAUAACGUCUGGGGUGUAAUGCUAUCUUGGAUUAUGUUGUAGCAGCCCGAUAGUCUUGGCCCGAUAGUCUUAGCCCGAUAGUACCAGCCCAAUAGUCCCAA